CUGGCGAUUGUGAAUUUUGUUCGCUCUCUGCGUUAAAUUAAUGUCAUAGUUAAGUGAAAAGCUGUUUUGAAAAAACUGGGUUAUUGUGCAGUCAGCUUGUAAUGGAAAUCUCUAUGUUAAUCUGAAUAUGGGUCUGUGGGGUCGCCGGAAAUGACUUUUACUGGCUUAAAGAAAUCACAUCCGACCUGUGCAUCAUCAUGAGGAUGGAUCGGGGAAUAUUAGCGAUUUAACAGCACACUUUCACCGCCGGAGACGUUGUUUUGCCGGGACUGAUCAAUCUAAACUGGAACCCGCGAGCAGUCUUUUAAAAGAUGUUGUCCAAUCCUCCAGCUGAGCAAAAGGGGACAGAGCAGAUGCCUGCGUCUGCAGCUGGUCCAUGUCAUCCUGCUCCUCACUCUCCGCUGUACCAGGAACAGCUGGCCAUAGGUUGCAGAGAAACCAGCAGGGAGGAGUUUGAGUCUGGGGACAGACCACAAUCCUCAGACUUUGGGAAAGAGGGCAAGCUCAGAGAUACGCAAUGGGCAUCUCCUCUAUCUCCUCCAGCUGGACCAUCAGGAGAGCAGCUUGGCGUUCUGGAGCGGUUUCUUGUGUCCCAUCAAAAUGAGAUGAAACGUCUGCUGACUGAUACCUUCGGAUCUCUGGCUCAGCGUCUGGAGGCAAUGGAGAGGAGGAUGGACCAGUUGUGUUCACAAAGUAGCGCACACACACGCAGUUUAGCCCAGCUGCACAGUAAAGUUGGCCAACUGGGAAGAGACAUCUCCUUUGGCUGUUCAAACACUCCAAGUGUUUCAUCAGCUUGCAGUUUUGGAGUGGAUGCUGAAGUGGCAAAAGACAACAAAGAAAUACUCUCAAAUGCCUGUCUGUCUAGGCCACAGUCUCUUUAUAGAUCACUAUCAUGUGAACCAAAAAAGGACCCUAUCUGUUCAUGGACGAUGUCAACUCCUUCCCGGUCUAACCAAAGUCCUACCCAUAAGCCUGAAGACACAAGCUGUCAAGGUCUAAAGUUCAAUGGCAGUGGCUCAUCAUCAUGUGAAAUCCAAAAAACGUCCCCUUCAAGACAAACUGAAGAUUGUUUGCAGGGAAAAUGCUCACCCGUUUCAGAUUUGGAGGACCUAGAGAUGGAACUAGAAGCUGAGAAGGACAGAGUUGCAUUAUUGGUUGAUUCUGUAAUUAGCAGCUCAGAUGACAAUGACAGCCAGGGACCUUCUUGUAAGCAGGAAGUGCUGUCCUCUGAUAGUUCGGAGAAUGAGAAAUCUAGUCCGGUAGAGGAAGACACUUUGAUUAAUCAACGUUUACAUGUUCAGAAACCGCUUAAGUUGCCUUACGUUAAGAUUCUGAAACUUUCCCCUUCUAAAUCAAACUCGGAUCCUCUUUAUUUUUUGUCCAAGCCAACAAAUUCAGCGACAUCUGGGAAGCCGGUGACAUUGGGAAAUUCGCCUAAAGUCAAAGACGAACAUAUUCAACAGCAAUCUUUAAGUGAAAUUAAUUUUUCUUUCCCCAAUAAGCCGCUUGUCGCACAAUCCAAUCAUGAUGAACCCAAGCUUUCUUCAGAUCUCUUUCAGAAUCAUAAUAAGAAAGAAGGAGAGAUCUGGGACAAGAUCAAAAUAAAUGGCAGUUUUCACUCCACUACUACCUCACUGAGUACUUCAGACUUUGAUCACGUCCCAAUGUCACAACAAGAUAGGGAUGAACUGACAGGAACCAAUGCUGGAGCUUCAGAGGAAAGCACAGAGCUGGAUCUUAAGGCACAGCGCAUUGAUUGUCAGUUGUCAACCACAAAGGACCGUCCAUUAAAAUUACCUAGUCAAGAGUCUGACAUGUCAGUCCAGCCAUACUGUGAACUUACUUUAUCAAACCAUUUGGUAAAAGAUGUAGGUGAAAGAAAAUCUUUCGGCUCUCUUCUAACAUUUCAAGUCUGCACCAAUUCCCAUCUUUCAGGCCCUAGAAAUGGGUCCUCCAAAUCAGUUUUAGACGGCAGCACCAACAAACUGUUAACUCAACUCUCGGACACUGCCCUUCGCUUGGUACCUGGUAGCUGUACUUCAAAUGACCUGAACAGGUGGACUGGUUACAGCAGAGCUGGAUCUAAGCUCAAACACUGUGGUGGAAAGAAACAUCACCUUUCUGGAUUUCCCACUCUUAAAGCUGGAGAAACUCUGUCCUUUCUUGAGCAGGGAGGAGAGAUGUCUAACCAUUGCCAGCCAAUUCUUGAGGACAUCAUACUUCCUCUCUCGCCACAGUUAACUGAUAUGCUAGCAUGUCCUUUAAAUGCUUUACCUGUUAACCUGGAUAAAGGCUCUGCAUGUUGUCCUAGCUUAUCUCAACUUUUUCGACCCACCACUCCUCCUUUGUCUGCUUUGAGCAAAUGGAGCUUCUCUGGUGCAGGUGUUAGUACCGUCCUAGCUUUAUCUUCUCCAACAUCCUUCAGAAAGUGGUUUCGACACAGGCGGCUCAACUUCCCUCUCACGCAGCUGUCGCAUUCUGGUAUCCAUACGGUUGUGAGUCAGAUUUUGGGCCGGUGCAGGUGUCAUCCUUUUCGACCUCUGGUUGACUUUACAGCGCCACCAGGCAUAGACAAUGACCACCACUAUACGCGACGGUCCAGUCAAGAAGUCACACGCAACAGGAAAAGAGCUUCAGCACGGAAGGCAGUCUGUCUUCUGUCAAAAAUCCACCUCACGCCAGAAAGGAUUCUGGAUCAUCCCUCACGGCACAGCAUCAGCCCCAAGUCAGCACGAUUAGAUGUAUCCCCCACUGAAUCCGUGCCUACUUUUGCUAUCGUCAGUGCAAAUGUCAAAUACCCUGGCUUGCACAAUCGGGGGGUAUCCAGAGAAAUGAAUCAGGUGGAACUUUACGAAUCUAAUGCUGAAGCUCAAGGAGGUCAGCGUUCAAAAAGGGUCUCCCAAAUCCGUAUUCGCAAGACUGUUCCCAAACCAGACAACAACCUUACUCCAAUGGGACUCCCCAAACCAAAGAGGCUGAAGAAAAAGGAGUUCAGUUUGGAGGAGAUUUAUACCAACAAGAAUUACAAGUCACCAAUCCCUAACAGAAGCCUGGAGACUAUAUUUGAAGAACCGAAAGAGAAGAACGGCUCUCUGGUGUGCAUCGGGCAUCAGAAACGGAAGCGAGUUCUAGACUUUCCAGAUUUCACACAACCUCGGAAACGCAAGGCUAAAACUAACCUGGGCCCUCUGCGUGUGAAGGGGCCGCGAGGAAGACCUCGUAGAGGGAGACAGGAUGACGCUGACCUGGACGUAAUGCUAAUCGAGAGGCUUACAGAACUGGAAGACUACUUUACAAGCCAAGGCCUGGAGGUUUAAACCCUGAUUUAAAAAAAAAACUACUUUUUUUUUUUUCACUUCUCAUGAACAAAUUACCAAAAAUAUUGGUUUAAUAUUAUUACCUGAACAUGAGAAGAACUUCAACUUUACACAUCAUUGUCCACAGAGUAAUUAGCAAUAGAAGGAAAAGAACACUUUAUCAUGUAGCAUUUACAGACUUCAGAUGUUUGAAGUCCGCUGACCCAAUAGACGUUUGAAAAAUGUGUGCGUCUGUGCGCGUGUGCAAUUAAUGCAAGCACAUUAUAGUAGACCUUCACCUAAGCACUUUCCGUUUCCUUUAAAUGUGACUGCUGCAGCCUAAUUCUUAACCAACAUGUUCCUAAUUAUCAUUUUCUGGCAACAAAAAAAAUGAGCGUGGGAUAAUGACGAUUGAUCCUUUGCUCACCCUAGACUACUUAUGAUCUAUGAAAUUGGCAGCUUGGAUAUUAUUACAGACCCAUUUUCCCCCAUCUAGUAAAUGUAUCUACAGCGUUCUCUAAAGGGAUUUGCUGCCAAAAACCUUACAAGACAGACUAGACUAUUUGUACGUUUUUACUUUGAUUUAAAGGAAUCUUUUAUGCAUAGUGCAGUGUUUGAUAAUUCUAUUCUUGUGAAGUCUUUUUAAAAGUCUUUUCUAUGUGUAUUUCACUAUAGAAACAUUAAAGUUUGUUUCUGCAUUUGGUGUUCUUGCAGACUCGUCAUGAAUGAGGCAGUUUUGAUACUGGCUUUCCCUUAGCGUUCUUUUUUGUAGUUGCUAUACUAUUAAAUUGUCUUCAGCUGUUUGACAAUGGAAAUUACUUUGACGUUAAAAUUGCUUUAUCACAUUUUUUUCUUCAGGUGAACACUAAAGAAGAACACUAGUUUCAAAACUAAAUUCUUAAAUGUGUCUCUAAUGAGGUUUUGCAUUGAGGUCUUAUGAAGCAAAAUGAAAUUGUGCAUGAAAUUGUACAGUACAUCUGGAAAGUACUCAUAGCGCUUCACUUUUCCACAUUGUUUUAUGCUACAGCCUUAUUCCAAAAUGGAUUAAAUUAAUUUAUUUCCUCAAAAUUCUACACUCAAUACCCCAUAAUACCCCAGGGUUGACAGUGCAUGUCAAAUUUUAUGAAUCACCAUAGAUCACAGUUUCAGCUCAUAAUUCUUUAACCCUUGUGUGCUGUUGGGGAUGUGUUUAACUACUCUGGGGUGAAUUUGAGGCAUUAUUUGGCCACAACUUUCUCUGUGUUUUAGCAAAUGGAAUAACUUUUGGUGACAAAUCUUAUUUUAACACAUAUUUUGGGAAAAUGCUUUGAAACUUUUAACGAUACACACUGGGCAAGUUUACUACCCUUUCGUUAUGUUCGUGGCUGUUUUUGCCCAUGGACUUUCAAUAUAAUGAUAUUUCUUGAGCCAUGGCACCAUAUAAUCUUGAAUUCUUUAGUGUUGGUAGUUUUCCCUGUUGGAAAGAGGUAAAAUUUAAGGUUGAUCAUCAGCAACAGUGUAAAAAAGAAGCCUUUUAUAUAUAUUAUAGUGUGUGUGAGAGAGAGAGAGAGAGAGACCUUUGCAAACUUUCCUUGAUAUGUUUGAGAAAAUAAAAUAAGCACCUCAGCUCAUAGGAACACAGUAUUUAUGCACGAACAUAAGUUGCUGUUUUACUCCAUAUAAAAGCUAGAAAUGGUUUUUUUUGCCUCUUCCCAACACAGAAACCCAACAACAAUCAAGAAUGCAAUUUAUUUAACAAAAAAUGCAAUUUAUAAUGGAAGUCAAUAGGGCAAAAACAGUCACUAAAAUAACGAAAGAGUAGUCAAAUUGAACAAUACAAAAGGGUUAAAGGAUUAUUUUUUAUUUAUUAAUUUAUAAUUAUGCUGUAAUAAUUAAGGAACUUUGCUGCCAGAAUGAGAGUAGCGUCCCUAGCCAUAUCGACCUUAAAGAGCAACUUUAUAUAGCUGUAUUGUUGGUCUUGGUACACGAUGUAACUACUGAAGAGUCUUUAAACAGGAAAAUUAUUGAAACUCUUUGGUUGUUUUUUUGAAAGAUGCUAAUGGUCUAAUCUGAUUCAAUGAUUUAUGCUAAGCUAAGCUAAUAGCGAUCCCGCUAGACCCAGAGAAUGACUGAAUGGAUUCAAAAAUGGUAAAACUCAACUGUUUAACUCGAAGCCUGUGUGUUUGUUUGUAAAGUGGAGAGUCCUUUAAUGUUCUUCUGAAGAAAUUAAGUCCUUUAUAUUUCGGAUGUCUUGAAGGUGAAUAAAUUCUACAGUUUUGGGUGAACUACAACUUUAAUUGAGACUAUUGUUGACAUUUAUUAUAUGGAUUUUAAAAAGUAGUCUUUUUUUAAGCAUAUUUUGAGAUCCACAACUAGAAAACUGACCAUUUGGAAUGACAGAAUUUCAUUUUUUAGGUUAAUGUCAUUUGUUAUAAAGGAGACUCGUAGGGAAGUGCUUUAAAAACAUGGGACAAACCACUUUUUUUUUUUUUUUUUAAUCUCAAAAAUUUGGCAUGAGUCCACAUCAGACCCAGAUUGUGAAAAAUGUGUGCUGUGAGUCUAUGCUGCUUAUUUGUAGGCUGGUUGACAUUAGUGAAGCGUGUGGUGAAACCUGCCUUUCCUUUUCUGGGUGUUUUGAGCAGCUAAUGAGUGACGAUCUUGCCAGAUUGCAUCUUUAGUUUCAGUUUCAUCAUUCCAUUGUGUGAUAUUCUGCCACUUAUUAUUUUUGUUUUGACGAUUUAAGCAAGGAAACUUUUUUUGAUGUGGUAUUGAAAGCUUUUACAUCAUUGUAAUUUAGCCUUGGACCUAUAGAUCUGAAAGUCAAAUUUCUGCAUUUCACACCCAAAGAAACGGCGCCUUCGUCAGACGAGCAUCUCUCAGCUCGUGUGUAAUAUAAAUGUGCUUACAAUUCAACAUACAGGCUUUUAUUGGUUUUUAAUCUCUAGGAUUGUACUCGCAGCGACAACAUUUCUCGAAAUGCACGUUUACUCAGUAAUGUGGUUUUUUUGAUCACACUUUAUUUUGAUGGACCGUUCCAUUGCAUCUACAUGCCAACUAAUUCUCAUUAGAUUAUAAGUAGACCGUUAGGUUAGGGUUGAUGUAAGUUGACAUGUACUUGCAAAGUUUCUUAUAGUCAGUUAAAUGUCUGUUGAAGGAGCAGUAUCAACAGAUAUUAAGCAGACAGUCUACUAAUACUCAAAUCAACCAUCAAAAUAAAGUGUUACUGUUUUUUUUUCCCUCAAAUUAAGAAAUAUUUCCAUUUGUGUUGAUCUUUUAUUUCCUUGUUAGACUUACAGUGUUACCAACUACAGCUACUGUUGUGCUUCUCUUUAAACCCACCAACACUAAGUAUUGCUUUAGUGCUGUCAGUAAAUAUGAUUUUCUAUAUAUUUUAAAAAUAAAAUGGUGUUAUCUAA